CGCCACGGAGCUGAAGAUGUCGGCUGCGAGCCGGGAGGAGCGCUCUGGUCCUCCCGGCAGCUUUGCGAAGCGGGUCCUGGUGACCGGGGGUGCUGGUUUCAUUGCAUCCCAUGUGAUUGUCUCCUUAGUAGAAGAUUAUCCCAACUAUAUGAUCAUAAACCUAGACAAGCUGGAUUACUGUGCAAGCUUGAAGAAUCUGGAGCCUGUUUCUAACAAGCAAAACUACAAGUUCAUACAGGGUGACAUCUGUGAUUCUCACUUUGUGAAGCGGCUGUUUGAAUCGGAGAAAAUAGACAUAGUCCUACACUUUGCUGCACAGACUCAUGUAGAUCUUUCAUUCGUCCGUGCCUUUGAGUUUACGUAUGUCAAUGUUUAUGGUACUCAUGUUCUGGUAAAUACUGCUUAUGAAGCCAGAGUGGAGAAAUUCAUUUACGUCAGCACAGAUGAAGUAUAUGGAGGCAGUCUUGAUCAGGAGUUUGACGAGUCGUCACCCAAACAACCUACAAACCCCUAUGCCUCAUCCAAAGCAGCCGCUGAGUGCUUUGUGCAGUCCUACUGGGAACGAUACAAGUUCCCAGUUGUCAUCACUAGAAGCAGCAACGUGUAUGGACCACAUCAGUAUCCAGAAAAGGUUAUUCCAAAAUUCAUAUCUUUGCUACAGCACGACAGGAAAUGCUGUAUUCACGGGUCAGGGCUUCAGAGAAGGAACUUCCUUUACGCCGCCGAUGUGGUGGAGGCCUUUCUCACUGUCCUCACAAAGGGAGAGCCAGGCGAAAUCUACAACAUCGGGACCAACUUUGAGAUGUCAGUGGUCCAGCUUGCGAAAGAGUUGAUACAGCUGAUCAAAGAGACCAAUUCAGACUCUGAAACAGAGAGGUGGGUGGACUACGUAAGUGACAGACCUCAUAAUGACAUGAGAUACCCAAUGAAGUCUGAAAAGAUUCACAGCUUAGGAUGGAAGCCCAAAGUGCCGUGGGAAGAAGGAAUCAAGAAGACAGUUGAGUGGUACCGAGAGAAUUUUCACAACUGGAAGAAUGCAGAAAAGGCAUUAGAACCCUUUCCAGUCCAGCCACCAUUUAUAUAACUGCCAGUUGCAGAGAAGAGGACACCAGCGCACCUCAGCCAGUGACACAGUCAAGUGCCUGAAUGAAGUCUUCUUUCCUGGGCUGGGCGAUGCCCUCAGCAUAGAUCGCGUGCAGUCAUCGGCAUGGGCAUCAGCAUUCACCAUUGGUCGAGAGCUCA